AUGUCCGUAAUUGAAGAUAGAAUCUACAUUGGUAACGUCGACUACAAUGCCACUGAGGAAGAAUUACGUGAAUUCUUCGCCAACUCUGGUGUCAAGAGUAUCGAAAUUCCUUCCAAGACCUUAAUGCGUGGCAAAAAGGAAAUCACGCGUCGACUUGGAUUUGCAUUUGUCCUGUUUGAAUCCAAGGAGGCAGCGGAUAAAGCGGUAGAGGAGUUCAAUGACAAGCAGUUUAAGAGCCGCAAGAUAUUUGUGAAAAAAGCGGUUCCGCCACCUACAGAGGAGGAAAAGUUGAAGAAAACCGAGGAGUAUAAAGCCAAAAAAGCUGCUCGUCAAAAGGAAAAAGCUGCCAAGCAAGCCGCCGCAGUGGCAAAUGGUGACCUGUCGGUAGAAACCACCGCAGCGGCCGGCGAAACCUCUGCUUUGGCUGCCAAUGGCGACAAGGGAGUCCAUGAUGACAAGUCAAUUAAUGCCAGCGCCACCGGAUCAUCACCAGCACCAAGGAAGAAGAAAACCAGAAAACCAAAGAAAAAGGUUGUGGCGGAUACCGAAGCAGCCUCUGAGCCUAAUACCUCGGAUUCUGCUGCUGCCAACACCCCAGAAACUGCAGCUACCACCCCAGGCAGUGCUCCGAAGGCUCCAGAAGGAACGCCGUCCCCAGAUACCGUCUUCAUCACCAACUUACACUACCAAGUCCGUCAACGUGCCCUCAUCAGCCAUUUCAAGGAAUUGAAGCCCAAAUGGGUGCAUGUACCUCUUCGUAGGGUUCCUUACCGAAACAGAAAGGAUGGCAAGAAGGCAACCAUCUUUAACAAGGGUAUUGCGUUCAUCAAGUUCCCCAAUCACGAGGUACAACAAGAGGCUAUUAGCAAGUUCAACGGCCACGAAAUUGAGGGCAGGGCCAUCAUCGUGGAGGUUGCCAUUGACACCAAGGAAAAGGCUGCUGAAAGAGAAGCUAACGGCGCAGUAGAAGAAAGUACCAACGAAGUCAAGGAAACCGGAGACAAAGCUGCUGCCUCUGAGGUGCCUGCCUCAGCAUAA